AGUUUUUGAAGGCCAAAUGUCUAAUGAAUUGUGAAGUCGCGUUGAUUCUUGAACACAAGUACGAGCAGCUUCAACAGAUGUCUGAAGAUCCAACGAAUCAGAUUUCACAGGUAUUUGAAAAGUCACUGCAAUAUGUGAAGCGUUUCAGUCGGUACAAGAACCCUGAUGCUGUUAGACAAGCUCGAGAGAUCCUUAGUAGGUAUCCACUUGCUGAAUUCGAGCUCUGUGUUCUGGGGAAUCUUUGCCCAGAGACUGUUGAGGAAGGUAUUGCCAUGGUCCCAUCCAUCAAGAAUAGGGGACGCGCACUUGACGAGGAAGCAAUCGAGAAAAUGCUGACUGACCUCUCUCUAAUUAAGAAAUUCGAGUAGUCUCAUUUAGCUUCUAUGUCUGUACUUUUGGCGACCAGGUGUGUAUUGCAAAUGGCGCUCUGGCAUUCUGUUGAAAUUUUAUAGCUGAUAGAUGAAGAGAGAAAAGACCAAACGACUCUGUUCUCUCUGGACAUUUUAUUCUUUUGGAAGCUGGUUUUAGAACAAUCCUGUGGUUUCAGAGACCAACCCGUUGUUAUUUACAUUAAACUAUACAAGGUUCUCUGUUUUUGUUUUUGUGUGAGACAAAUUAAAGUGUGCUUCUAAAA